GGUGUAGGUGCCGCACGGGAAGGAGCAGAAAAGCAUUUGGGGUUGUGGAGGAGCGUGGGACAAGUGCAAGGGACGGGCACGAGCAGGCGCUGCCGGGUGCAGAAACCCCAUUACAGCUCCGUGAGGGCUGGGGACGUGGGGGUGCUGGUUCCCUGCAAGGGCUGUUCCCCAAAUCGCUUUGCUGCCCUUGAUGCUUCUCCCCUUUGCCUGCUUCCUUCAUCCCAAAAAGCAGGAGGUAAUAUUUCCUCCCCGAUAAGGAGGGGAAGAGAGGGGGUGGGAGAUUUAAUUCCAUGUCUAUGGAUCCACGGAUUUUCCUUUCGGAUCCACGGGCAUGGAAUUAAGGGAAGACAUUUGUUGUGCAAGAGCCAUCCUUAAUGUUAACCUUUGUUUCUCUUCUGACCUGUGUUAUCUUUUCCGAAGCUUAGCUGAAUCCCUUCUGCCUUUUAUAUUAGCAAAACUAAUUAUAGUUCUGGAAAGUAGUGAGGGGCGGCUAACGAACGUGGAAGUUGGAGAAUCUGUCUGGCACCGUGCUAGAUACCAGAAGGUGCUUCCCAGAGCAGCCGGCCCAGGAGGGGCCUACGCAGAAGCGAAGAAAGCGGAGAGGGGAAGGAUGUAGCUCCAACAGAUACCCACGGUGGAGAUUUGUUUUUCUCCAGGGCUCCCUGGGCGCUGGCAGCCCGAGGGAGGCCACCGGCUCGAGGCUUGGGAGCAGCGGCACGGGGACAGACUCUGCCAUAUUCCCCACCAUGGGUGACAUGAAAACUCCAGAUUUCGAUGACCUUCUGGCAGCUUUCGAUAUUCCUGACAUCGACACGAACGAGGCCAUCCAUUCUGGCCAUGAGGAAGCUGACGCUCACAUCAAGCAAGUCCCUGGGGAGCCGGGACCCCCUGACCACGUCCUCCCCCACACGGACAUCACCGCUGUCAGCGUGAUCGUGAAGAACACCGUCUGCCCCGAGCAGCUCGAUGCCCUGGACGGGCGCAGUAAAGAUGGGCACGUCAUCGGGCCCCGCUUGCUGCAGAAUGGCUUUGGGGCCACCGAGAUGCCCAGGUCCCCCACCUCCAGGUCUGUGGAAGCUGUGGCAUCCUCCAACGGGGAGUGUUGGGUGAAGGAAAAAGGCCCCAAACCCCUGGAUAUCUUCUCCCAUUUUAGCCCUGAUCCCAACGAAGACAAUGCUGCCAACCUGAUUGACAGGCCCCGGGAGUGUAAGCCGAAAGAGAAAUCCCUUGCUGUGCCCUCCCUCUCCCCAUCUCCCACCCCGUCGCUGGACUGCAAAGAGCCCAUGGGAGAGAGCACGGAGAACCUGCCCCCAGCUUUCCCGCAGUCCUUCGAAACAGGCCAGGCAGGGGGUGCGAACGGGUCCCCUCCUACCAUCCCCUGCAUCAAAAAAGAGGAGUCUGACUCUGAGGAGGUGGGCCGUGAAGCCAGCCCGAAGGGUUUGGCUGCAGCCUUGGGUGACAGUCCCUUGGAUCACCUGAAAUCGGUCACCGUUCGCUACUCCACGGAUGAUUCUCCCAUCACGUCCUGGGCUGGUUCUGACCCAAACCUCGACAGCAGCACCAGCAACCUUCCUGAAGUGAAACGCUCGCCCGCCAGCCCCCAGGAGCCGUUCUUCAAGCCUUCCUCACCGGUGGUGCAAAGCCCCAGACUCCCCACUUCUCCAAAGCAGCUGGACAACAUCGCCCUCAAGGAAGAGCAAGAAGUUCUGGAGAAGUCAAUGGGAAGUCCGCAGAGUAUGUCCAGCGCUGAGGAUGAUGAGGAGGAAGAUGACAACAACAAUGAUUCUCCUUCUUCCAAUUCCUCGCGGCCCCUGAAAGUGCGGAUUAAAACCAUCAAAACAUCUUGUGGCAGCAUCACCCGGACAGUGACCAGGGUCUCAUCAGAUUCAGAGCCGGGCUCCACCAAGGGGCCGGCUGAGCACGGCUCUCAGGAGACCUCUCUUGAGGGUGCCAGCUUCUCAACAUCGGCAGAGAAAGAGGACGGGAUUGCGCUGGAGGUGCCCAAGGAGAAAAUGGAGCUCUCCAGCCCCUUGAAAACCAUCGAGGGGCCAAAAAUCGUCAGUGUUCAGCUUGGCAACGGCACCAAGCUCAAAGGGACUGUCCUGCCUGUCUCCACCAUCCAGAAUGCCAGCAGUGCCAUGCUGAUCGCUGCCAGCGUGGCUCAGCAAAAAUCCGUGGUGCUGCCGGCAAAGACGGGUAAAGCCGUGGCCAAGAACAUCAUCAAUCUGGUGCCGCAGACCCUGCCCAAAGCCGACACCAGGACCAACAUCAGCACCGUGACACAGACCACCACCAUCACCACCACAGCCAACCAGAAAGUCAACGGCACCACAGUUGUGAUGGUGCAGCCGCAGAAGCCUUCCCCUACCAUCGCGGGCACGGUCAUUUCCAGGAGCCAGUCCAGCCUCGUGGAAGCCUUUAACAAGAUCCUCAACAGUAAAAACCUCUUGCCGACCUACAAACCCAACCUGAAUCCUCCGGCCGACGCGAGCCUCACCCUGCCUCCCUUCGGUUACCGCUGCCUGGAGUGCGGGGACUCCUUCGCCCUGGAGAAGAGCUUGGCUCGCCACUACGACCGGCGGAGCAUGCGCAUCGAGGUAACCUGCAACCACUGCACCAAACGCCUCGUCUUCUUCAACAAGUGCAGCUUGCUGCUGCACGCCCGGGAGCACAAGGACAAAGGCCUGGUGAUGCAGUGCUCCCAUUUGGUCAUGAGGCCGAUCGCUUUGGAUCAAAUGAUCGGACAGCCGGACAUCACCCCCCUGGUCUCGGUGACCUCCUUCCCCGCUAGCAAAGUGACUGGCGUGGCUCAGGACGCCUUGGUCACGGCCAACGGGGCUCAGGACCUCCCCAUCCUGCCUCUGAGCAACAGCUCGGAGCAGACCAACUACAGCUGCUUCAGGUGCCUGGAGUGCAAAGAGCAAUGCAAGGACAAAGCCGGGCUGGCCGCGCAUUUCCAGCAGGCAGUGACCACGGGGACGACCAGCAGCACGGUUUGUACAACGUGUCCCAUGAUCAUGUCCAAUCGCUGCAGCUUUAACGCCCAUCAGCGGAUGCACAAAAACCGGCCUCCCCACGUCUGCCCCGAGUGCGGAGGGAAUUUCCUCCUGGCGAACUUCGAGACCCACCUGAAGGAGGCCUGCCUGCACUUCUCCCGCAGAGUGGGGUACAGGUGUCCCAGCUGCGCUGUGGUCUUCGGCGGGGUCAACUCCAUCAAGUCCCACAUCCAGACCUCCCACUGCGAGGUGUUCCACAAGUGCCCCAUCUGCCCCAUGGCGUUCAAGUCAGCCCCCAGCGCCCACGCGCACGUCUACACGCAGCACCCCGGCUUCAGCAACCAGCAGUCCAAAAUGAUUUACAAGUGUGCAAUGUGCGACACCGUCUUCACCCCCAAACCCCUGCUCUCCUCCCACUUCGACCAGCAUCUGCUCAACCAGCGGGUCAGCGUCUUCAAGUGUCCGGACUGCCCGCUGCUCUUCGCCCAGAAGCGCACCAUGCUGGAGCACCUCAAGAACACUCACCAGCCCCAGAAGCCCAAGGAAGACCUGGCAAAGAAGGCGGCCGUCCUGCUCACGCCGAAGCAGGAGCCUGUCGAAACCCCUGUGUCCAAGAUCUCGGAGGAAUCGUCGUCCUCCACGGAGGAGGAUGAGCCCCCCAGCUCCCCGGAGCUGCGCAAGACCAAGCGAAGCCGCUUCCAGCGCAAGACGGUCAACAAGUCGAAGGGCAGCGGGUGGACGUGCGGCGUUUGCCACUCCUGGUUCCCGGAGCGUGAUGAAUACGUCUCCCACAUGAAGAAGGACCACGGCAAGUCGGUGAAGAAGUUCCCGUGCCACCUGUGCGAGCGUUCGUUCUGCUCCGCUCCCAGCCUCCGGAGACACGUGCGAGUGAAUCACGAAGGGAUCAAGCGCGUCUAUCCCUGCCGGUACUGCACGGAGGGCAAACGCACCUUCAGCAGCCGGCUCAUCCUGGAGAAGCACAUCCAGGUGCGACACGGGAUCAAGGUGACCGACCAGACGAAGAGCCAGGAGGUCGUUAUCGCCCGGAUAGGGACCGGCACCACACAGGUGUCCAGUCGGAAGCGGAAGCUGUCCUCGGACGAGGGCGACUCGUGCAGCGAGGAGCCUGACAGCACCACCCCUCCCUCCAAAAACCCCAAGGGCGACCGCAAGGCCCCUUUCCGGUGCCGAAAAUGCGGUUACCUCGCCAGCAGCUCAGCUGACUUCCAGGAACACAUCCCCCAGCACCGGACUGACGAGAGCUCCCACCAGUGCCGGGAGUGCGGGCUCUGCUUCACCUCCCAGGUCUCCCUCAACCGCCACCGCUUCAUCACCCACAAGAAGAAGAAGGGAGCGGGCGAGAUGGAGGAGCCGGGGCCCCGGAGCCCCCUGGAAGGAGGUGCCCAGCACGCGGCCGACGGCAAGCUCUCCUGCAAGGUGUGCGGCCGGGGCUUUGACAGUCAGCUCAACCUCAAGACGCACUUCCGCACCCACGGCAUGGCCUUCAUCCGGGCCAGGCAGAACGCGAGCCCCGAAAACUAGGGUCCCGCCAGAGGGGGAACAGCCGUGUAUAUAAACAGCACAGAGCUCUGCGGCGGGGGCUGCUGGUGCCCAGCCGGGCUCCCCCUUCCUCCCUCCCUCCUCCUGGGCAGCGUUUCCACUGGGGCUCGGAUAAAGGAGCCACAAAGAGACGAGAGCCCGGCUUGCGCCAUCCGGCCCGACUCCCUGUGCCGGCGUCCCCCCGGGCCGGGGGGCUCAGCCCUCCUGCGUCUGUGGGCAAGAGCAGGCAGGAUUUCGGCUGCCGCCUUGUACAGGAGGUGAAGGGCAGCGCCCGGACUCGCUGCUGCCCGGCUCUCGUGUUCGCUGCUCUGUCCUCACGUGGGGACGUGACCCC